AUGUCGACUCCAGACGACAAAACCCCACUGCUAGACAAUGCGUCUUCCAGGUCCGUCAGUGAGGCUGCUGGUUCCAGAGGCCAUGAAACUGACAGCAGCCUCGAAGAGGACUUGCCGCAAAAGACGUGGAAGUCAUACGUCUGGGAUACUCUCGACAAGCCCAAAGCAGAACGCCACUUUCUGUUCAAGCUCGAUUCAGUAAUCCUUACAUUUGCCUGUCUGGGAUAUUUUAUCAAGAGCCUGAAUCAGGUCAAUAUUAAUAACGCCUACGUAUCUGGAAUGAAGGAGGAUCUUCACAUGGAGGGGAAUGAGCUCAACUAUAUGCACACGAUGUGGACGAUUGGCUACGUCCUCGGAGAAAUUCCUAGCAACAUGUUGCUGACGAGAAUCCGUCCAUCGCUAUGGAUUCCGGCUUGCGAGGUAACCUGGUCCGUCCUUACCAUUGUGAUGGCCAACUGCAACAACGUCAACCAAAUAUAUGCUCUCCGCUUCUUCAUCGGACUUGCUGAGAGUACCUUCUAUCCCGGAAUGCAGUAUAUUAUUGGCUCAUGGUAUCGAAAGGAUGAGCUUGCGAAGCGGUCGUGCAUCUUCCACGCUAGUGGAUCGGUUGGCUCUAUGCUUUCUGGCUAUCUGAUGGCUUCGGUCUAUCAUCUGGACGGAGUGCAUGGCUUUAAAGGGUGGCAGUGGUUAUUUAUUAUCGACUGCGUCAUCUCACUUCCUAUCGCCAUGGCCGGGUUCUUCUUUUUCCCGGACCUACCUGAAAUCACCCGAGCUUGGUAUCUGACGAAGGACGAUAUUGCAAUAGCGAAAAGGCGAAUGGAGCUAGAAGGUCGAGCAAACCGCUCCCCGUACACCCUCGCAAAGAUCAAGAAGAUCUUUUCCAGCUGGCAUAUUUAUCUUCUUACCAUGCUUUACAUAUUCUUCAACAAUGGAUGCGGAGCGUUAUCCCAGCCCGGGUUUCAGCUAUGGCUAAAAGGAAAGGGAUAUAGUGUUUCUGACUACAAUACCUAUCCAACCAUCACGUCGGCGGUCGGCCUCGUCACCACGCUUAUUUAUGCUUGGAGUUCGGAUACAAUCUUUAAGGGUGGAAGGUGGCAACCGAUUGUCUUCUCGGGAACAAUGCUCACUGUCCUUUACGCCAGUCUGUCGGUCUGGAACAUCCCUGAUGGGUGGAAAUGGGCUUGCUUCAUCCUGAUCGGAUUGGGUGGCGGCAUUAGCGGACUGACCUUUGCUUGGGCGCAUGAGAUUUGCAAGGAUGACAACGAAGAACGCGCUCUUGUGGUUGGAUCGAUGAACGAGAUGGCCUAUGUCUUCCAGGCCUGGCUGCCUCUACUUAUUUGGAAAACCGUCGAGGCGCCACGAUAUCCGAAGGGUUAUCCUACUAUGGUGGCAUUUGCGAUUGCGAUGGCUGCAACAGCGCUUGUUAUUCGGGUUCUGCACAGAAAUGAGUUGGUGGCAAAGCGAGCUGCCUCUGCUGUGGGGGAGAUCUGA